ACGCACAUAACACUGACAAAACCAAAACAAUAACAAAAAUUCGUGUGAAUCUCUUCCCAUCUGCAACCGAGUCUCCCCAAUGCCGCUCGAGUCGGUUUGUCCUGUGCAAGAAACAAAAAAAAGAAGCUCUCGGUGAUUUUUUUUCUUUUUAUAUUAAUUUGCGGAGAGCAGCAAGAGUGUCCAAGUGUUUAAAAAUAACAAGUUUCGCAUUGGGUUUAGUAGCGUCAAGCCGCGGUAGUGGACGUUCCUUCUAAUUGAACGGUGGCCAUUGAUAGCUAAAUUUGCAAUUAAUUUGUUCGAUUUUUUGCGUAAAAAAAGUUUCGGAAGUGCGGCGUAUUUGGUGCAAACAAGUUUGACCGUGACGCAAUGAUGAGCAAUACACCGAGUAUUUAGUAGUUCCCUGUGAAAGUGUAUCCAAUCAUUUAAUUCAUUCAGUUAUUCCGCUAAGGUUCUAGUGGGCGAACGAAAACCCUGUUAUUGCAAUCAUUUUUUCGCAUGAGACGAAAUUAUUAAAUUACUGGACCAAUCCUGUUCCUCACUGUAUUUUUUCAACUGAAACACUAGUACAAAGUCUACCGAACGAAACAAAAUAAAACCAACAAUCAUGAGUGGACAACAAUCGGGAGGCUACGCACCGUAUGCGCCCUAUCCACCAGGACCAACAGUGGGUGGCGACAAUGGUGGCGGCCAAAAGUCGCCCUAUCCCCCUCCGUACCCAACAAACUAUCCACCGAUGUCUCUGGAAGGCGGUGGUAUGGGAUAUGCACCACCGGCGCAGGCGCCCUAUCCAACAGCGGGAGGACCACCUGCGGGAUCGUAUCCUCCGCAAACUUAUUACAAUGUCGUCCGCAUCGCAUACGUUGAUGUUAUUCAUUCUUCUCCGUACCCAUCGGGUGCUCCGGGUGUAGCGAUGCAGUACGCCCCCGCUCAGCUUUAUGGAUCAUAUCCACCGCCGGUGAUGAUACAGCCGGGAAUGGCCGCCCAAUCGCCACCGCCUCCGCAGGCACUGAUAGGAGCCGCCGCACCACCAGUUUUAGGUGGCUGGAUGACUAUUCCUCAAGGUAUCCCGAGCUGUCCACCCGGCUUGGAGUACCUUACGUCCAUUGACCAGCUGCUGGUGCACCAGAAGGUCGAGCUGCUCGAGGCGUUCACGGGCUUCGAGGCGGCUAACAAGUACACCGUCAAAAACACCAUCGGCCAGAAGGUGUACUGGGCGGUGGAGGAUACGGACUGCUGCACCCGCAACUGCUGCGGUCCGGCCCGUCCGUUCGACAUGAAAAUUCUGGACUACUACCAAAACGAGGUGCUGCAUUUCUACAGACCGUUGCGCUGCCAGUCCUGCUGCUUCCCGUGCUGCCUGCAGUCGAUGGAAGUGUCCGCCCCGCCGGGCAACGUCAUUGGUACGGUGGAGCAAAACUGGUCUAUUUUGAAGCCCCAGUUUAGUAUUAAGGAUCAGGCUGGCAGUACGGUGCUGAAGAUCGAGGGGCCGUUCUGUACGUUCAACAUGUGUGGGGAUGUUGAGUUUAAGGUCGUUACCAACGAUGGAAGGCACGUAGGUAAAAUUUCGAAACAAUGGUCGGGAUUAGUACGCGAAGCAUUUACCGAUUCGGACCAUUUCGGUAUCAACUUCCCGAUGGAUUUGGACGUCAGGGUCAAGGCUACUCUGUUGGGUGCACUCUUUUUAAUUGAUUACAUGUUCUUUGAGAAACCAGGCAACAAAGAAGGAGAUCGUCCAGGAAUGCUCUAAGUUUUAUAUUUGUUUCACAAGGGAAUUUUCUCUCUGCAUUUGCUACGAGCGUGUGGCUAUCAUUUUCAAAGUUACAAAAUCAAUGUUACUCACUGCUAUGACAAAUCGAUCGUUGGUUUAGAAGCGAUGAGAAGAAGCCAUGGUGGCACAAAGCAUCUCAAAUAUAUAGUAUAAAAUAACUAUAUGUCACAACAUGUGCAAAAACAAAAGAGAAAAAUUGCUGUUCAAUCUGUAUUCAUAUUAAACAUAACCAAGUGAAUCAUAUGCACAAUAUGGUAUAAUUUUUUUACUAUUUUUUUUGUACCUACAUUGAACAGUGUUAAAUAACUUGAAUCAGAUGCAUAAAUUUUCAGGUUAGUGAGACAACUUUUGUUUUCAUAUACUACUGUUAACUUCCAUUUAUUCUAACGAAAAGAAUUUAGUCACCCAAUUCCAUUGUACUAUACAUCUACAUUGGUUAGAAGGAUGACAACGAAAUACCAACUAUUGUCUUUGCUAUUA